ACCAUUGUUUCUGCGCUUCGCUCCGGUGUCAUCUCACAGUGCGACCAAAAAGCACAUUUAAUAUUACUAGUCUUCUCAGAAACGUCUUAUUUUCUUUUUAUCACCAUCAAUCUGCAAGAGCAAAUCCCAGAAUUUUCGGUCUCUGGGUUGCUUAACUAAGGUAGAAAGCCAUGGCGUUGAUGUCCAUGGCAGGGUCAUCGUUGCAUUGUGAAAUGAUAAGAUGCGAAGCCGGAUGUACUAACAGUGGGAAUAAUUUAGAGGCAUAUAGAAUGAAGGAAAUGAGUUUUGGCUUGAAUUUCUCUUCAUGGAAUUCAUCACAGGCAGUUCAAGGCUUGCGUUCGAAUUGCAAUGGAGUAGGAUAUAGGCAACGACACAGGCUUAUUGUUGCUGCAAGUCCUCCAACUGAGGAUGCUGUUGUUUCCACAGAGCCGCUAACAAAGAAAGAUCUGAUUGAUUACCUUACUUCUGGCUGCAAGCCUAAGGAAAAAUGGAGGAUAGGGACAGAGCAUGAAAAGUUUGGUUUUGAGUCUCGAACUUUGCGGCCCAUGAAGUAUGCACAAAUAUCUGAGUUGCUUAAUGGUAUUGCUGAGAGAUUUGAUUGGGAGAAAAUAAUGGAGGGUGAAAACAUUAUUGGGUUGAAGCAGGGAAAGCAAAGCAUAUCACUGGAGCCUGGAGGUCAAUUUGAGCUUAGUGGUGCUCCUCUUGAAACUCUGCACCAAACUUGUGCCGAGGUUAAUUCACAUCUUUAUCAGGUCAAGGCUGUUGCAGAGGAGAUGGGAAUUGGAUUUCUUGGAAUUGGCUUCCAGCCAAAAUGGGGGAUAAAAGACAUACCAAUAAUGCCAAAGGGAAGAUAUGAGAUCAUGAGAAAUUAUAUGCCUAAAGUUGGAUCACUUGGACUCGAUAUGAUGUUUCGAACAUGUACUGUUCAGGUGAAUCUGGAUUUCAGUUCUGAAGCUGACAUGAUAAACAAAUUCCGUGCCGGUCUUUCCUUGCAGCCUAUAGCUACAGCUUUGUUUGCAAAUUCACCUUUCACUGAAGGGAAGCCUAAUGGUUUUCUCAGCAUGAGAAGCCACAUUUGGACUGAUACAGAUAAAAAUCGCACUGGAAUGCUUCCUUUUGUGUUUGAUGACUCGUUUGGGUUCGAGCAGUAUGUAGAUUAUGCACUUGAUGUUCCUAUGUACUUUGUCUAUAGGAACAAGGGGUAUAUUGACUGUGCGGGAAUGUCAUUCCGGGAUUUUAUGACCGGAAAAUUGCCUCCAAUUCCCGGUGAUUAUCCUACGCUUAAUGAUUGGGAGAAUCAUCUGACUACGAUAUUUCCUGAGGUGAGACUUAAAAGAUACUUGGAGAUGAGGGGUGCUGAUGGAGGACCGUGGAGGCGGCUAUGUGCAUUGCCUGCUUUUUGGGUGGGGCUAUUAUACGAUGAGAUAUCUUUACAAGCUGUUCUGGACAUGACAGCCGAUUGGACUUUGGAAGAACGGGAGAUGUUGAGGAAGAAGGUGCCAGUAACUGGUCUAAAGACGCCAUUUCGGGAUGGGUUGCUGAAGCACGUUGCUCAAGAUGUUCUAAAGCUGGCAAAGGAAGGCUUAGAACGAAGAGGCUUUAAAGAAACGGGAUUUUUGAAUGAAAUAACCGAGGUCGUCAAUACAGGUAUUACGCCAGCCGAGAAGCUCUUGGACUUGUACCACGGGAACUGGGGACAAAAUGUCGAUCCUGUAUUUGAGGAGCUGCUCUAUUGAGCACUCGAUGCUCUCAGGCACAGUACGUACCCCGAUACAUUUCUGUAUUGCGACCAUCCAUCCUUAACACCUAGAGAAAUUACCCCCAUGCUAACUUUUCUCGAUUGCUUUCCGAUAAAGAUUAUGGCUGGAAUGGAUUACAGCGUGUACACUUGAAACAACACUUCCCAUGCACACAGCACUGUAUCACGAUCCAUCACUGCCAAACAUCUUCAUAACUGCUAAUAUAUAUAUAUAGCACGAUAAUGAAACCAUGCAGUUGCAAUAAUACGAGUUUCCCAGAAGAUGAUGGGGUUAAUUUCUCGUGCUUUGUUUUAUGGUCUUUUGCUGUUAUUAUUUUUGUCGCUGUUUAUGGUGGUUCUGUGAUCUGAGCUGAACAAUCUGUUGGUGAUUUUGGUGAAAAUUACAAGAUUCUGUAUUUCAAAUAGGGUUCUGAAGUUGUUAGAGAUUGAUUACACUUGAAAGUUUGAUUGCAAGAAGUGUUUGUUGAUGCUUCUCUUUUGCCAUCGUGUACAGAAGACAAUUGAACUUUUUGGAUGACCUUUUAUUUUACGGAGCUAUUAAGGACUA